AGGACGCCAUGUUUAUGGUGUAGGUGGUAUAGUGCGAGAAUACGUGUUAUUCAUUAUUUUCGACAGAGAGGAAAAAAAAAAAAAACGCGAGAGAAAGAAAGAAAGUAAACGAAAACCGUUACUUUAUUUAUUUACACCAUUAAAGAUAGUAGAAGACAUCCGGGGUGUAUUAAUGGGUGGUUUUCAAUAAACAGUGCUCGAUUAUUUUCACUUAAUUUUCUAAUAUUUUCUUUCAUUCGUCAAUUCGAAUGCAGCUCCGACGCGAACUGAUCUACGAACUGCGGAUAUAAUUAUUUAUGAAUUAUUCUUCCUUUGCUCACAAUUUGUUUACAAACUUAUCGCAUUGUUGUUUUACGAUUGAGCCAAUCAUUCAUAACGUGCGUCUUACGUUAACAAUAUCAAUUCCGUUUAAGGAAUUGUUUGAAAUCUUUUAUAAAGACCAUCCUAUGCUUUCUUAAUGCAGACAUUUCGGGUUUUUAUAACCUGAUUACGCGAUCUAAACGUUCGCUUUGUAAUCUUAUCCAACAUGUUUCUGGAUCUUUGACAGAACAGUAAACGGAAGAACAAGAGAGAGAUAAAGAAGAAGCAAAACGAUUUCGAAAAGAAGAAAUCUCAAAUAUGUGGGGAUCCCAAUCGGUUAACUCUAAUUCGAAUUCCAAUUCUAAUUCCAACUCUAAUUCUAAUUCUAAUUCUAAUUCGACAUCGAAUGAAAGGAAAGAUAAAACUAGUACAUUAGGUAUGACAUCGGCAAUUAGUAUGGCCGAACCAAAACCUACCGACUAUAUUAGAACUAAUGAAUUAAAGGAAGCUUUAAAACCGUAUAACGUAUUUGAAUCAGAAGAAGAACUUAAUCAUAGAAUGGAAAUAUUGAGCAAAUUAAAUACUUUGGUGAAACAAUGGAUUAGAGAUAUUAGCUAUGCUAGAAAUAUGCCACCUAAUGUUGCGGAUAACGUUGGUGGAAAAAUAUAUACUUUUGGUUCAUAUAGAUUAGGUGUUCAUCACAAAGGUGCUGAUAUCGAUGCCUUAUGUGUUGCCCCGAAACACAUAUAUAGAUCCGAUUAUUUUUCUUCAUUUUUUGAUUUAUUAAGAAUGCAAGAAGAGGUCACUGAUCUAAGGGCAGUAGAAGAAGCAUUUGUACCAGUUAUCAAAAUGAAAUUUGAUGGUAUUGAGAUUGAUAUGUUGUUCGCAAAAUUAUUGUGUAAAGAAGUCCCAGAUAAUAUGGAUCUCAAAGAUGAUUCUUUAUUGAAAAAUCUUGAUCAGAAAUGUGUAAGAAGUUUAAACGGAUGCAGAGUAACAGAUGAAAUUUUGCGUUUAGUACCUAACAUAGAAAACUUCAGAUUGGCUCUUAGAGCUAUUAAAUUAUGGGCUAAACGACACGGCAUUUAUAGUAACGUUUUAGGAUAUCUCGGUGGUGUGUCAUGGGCAAUGCUCGUAGCUCGAACAUGUCAACUCUACCCUAAUGCUGUAGCUGCAACAUUGAUUGAAAAAUUUUUCCUUGUAUUUUCUCAAUGGAAAUGGCCACAGCCCGUUCUUUUAAAACAACCUGAGAAUUGUAACUUAGGCUUUCCAGUAUGGGAUCCAAGAGUUAAUAUGUCCGAUAGAUAUCAUUUGAUGCCAAUAAUUACUCCAGCAUAUCCACAACAAAACUCAACAUUUAAUGUUUCUGCAUCGACUCGAAAAAUCAUGCAGCAGGCUUUUGACGCUGGUUUAAGAACAACCGAAGAAAUAAUUACUGGAAAAGCUACGUGGGACAAAUUAUUUGAACCAUCACAAUUUUUUACGACAUAUAAACAUUAUAUCGUAUUGUUGGCCAGAAGUUUAACACCAGAAGACCAACUUGAAUGGUGUGGACUAGUCGAAUCUAAAAUACGUCAUCUUAUAGGUAUACUGGAAAGGAAUCCUCAUAUCCAAUUGGCGCAUAUUAAUCCAGAAGUUUUCUCACCAUUAAAACCAGAACCAGACAGACAAUGUUCUAUGUGGUUCAUCGGAUUACUCUUUGAAUUGAGUGAAAACUUAAACAUUGAUUUGACACAUGACAUAAAGACAUUUGUCGACACGAUUGAAAGGCAAGCCGAAGCAAUAAAAAUGUUGAAAGAUGGAAUGUGGAUAGAAGUUAAACAUGCGAGAAGAAGAGAUUUAAGUAAAUAUCUUCCUGCUGCAUUAUUAAAAAAAGAGAAGAAGGCAUCUGUUGGCAAUGCUUAUCACAAUGGAAAUAUUGCUGGAAAUGGAAAGAACGGCGGUGUAUCUUCCAGAAAUCAAGAAGGCGUUAGUAGGAAAAGAUUAUCCGAUCAGAGUCUUGAAACUAAUGCAAAGAAACGAAAAGUUGUCGAGAAUGAACAACAAGUACCACAGGCGGAAGACGGGUCGUUAGUGGUUCAGUCAUGCGGAGAUGAUAGCAACUCUGGCUUUAGCUUGGAAGAAUACAAGCAGACUGUAACAACUACUAAGGACGUAAGACAUUGUACAUAUAAUGAACAAUAGACAUCAUUAAACAAGAUUAGGAAGGGCCUACCGAUGCGUCUACAGAAGCACAAGAUGGAUAUGAAUGUACUUGACCAAUAAAAAGUUACUACCUCACACCGAUCCACAGAUGUUCUUCUGGGCCAUCUAGACUGUAAGCACUUUUCACGCAAAACCAUCCACCGUUCACUGUAAUUGUCCCACGUUAUGUAAAAGCAAAACAAUUGUCAUAUUAAUAUCGAAGAAAGAAAAAAGAAAGAAAGAAAUUAUUAAAAAAAAAAAAAAAACACAAAAAAAAACAAACAAAAAGAAAGAAAGACAGAACAAAAAAAAAAAAAUGAAGCAGCUACCCGUUGGAAUCAAUCGAUGAGCGAUUGUACGAGAAAGACGACGCGCUAUAAUCUUAGGAUUUAUAGAAUUAUUGUCAUGAGUCAAUGGGAGCAAUUAGGAACACAACAAAUAUCUAUACGAUUUAUGCCAGUGUCAGUGUUUUUUCACUUGAUCGCUAAAUAUAACGAUUUUGAUUUAAUAAUGACUAAGUGAAGAUUUUAUCGCUGCCCUCUUCAGACUAAUAUUUUUAUUUUUUUAUUCUAUUUUGUAUAUAAUAUAUAUAUAUCUAUUAAGGUAAUUUCUUGGCCGCAUAAAAAAGACAAUUCAAAGUCUAAGGAAAUGCAUUAAAGUAGAAGGUAAACAAAAAUAGCAAUAUUAUGCAAAGAGAAGUAUAUAUAUUCUUGUACACGAUACAUUUCUUUAGCUAAUAGAGAUUUAAUAUAAAAGUAAUCGUCUUUUUUCUGCUAUAUCUCUUAAAACGUGCCAAGCUUUAUAAUUUAGCUUUAAAA